UUCAGAAUGGACACCGAAUUUAUUAAGGCUAUAAUUGAAGGUGUAGCAUUUGCUACAACCCCAAAUCCGGAACCUCAGCAAGCGCCAUCUUUUGUUGAAGUAUUAUUUUUUGGAUCUCCUCCAAAUUGA